CAACUCUCCCAAACCCUAGCCACCGCUAUACUUGUUGAUCUGCUCCUUUCAAUUCCUUUCUUUUGAUUUCUUGCACUCUCUUGCUUGCUUGAAGGCAGCCAUGGCGGCAGAAAGCGAGACCUUCGCCUUCCAGGCUGAGAUCAAUCAGCUUCUUAGCCUCAUAAUCAACACUUUCUACUCCAACAAGGAGAUCUUCCUUCGAGAGCUCAUCAGCAACUCAUCCGAUGCGUUGGAUAAGAUCCGAUUUGAGAGUCUGACGGACAAAAGCAAGCUGGACGCCCAGCCGGAGCUGUUCAUUCAUAUCGUUCCUGAUAAGGCUACGAAUACUCUUUCGAUUAUUGAUAGCGGAAUUGGUAUGACGAAAUCGGAUCUCGUGAACAACCUUGGUACCAUCGCGCGUUCGGGCACGAAGGAGUUUAUGGAGGCUCUUGCUGCUGGUGCUGAUGUUAGCAUGAUUGGUCAGUUUGGUGUCGGAUUCUACUCGGCUUAUCUUGUUGCUGAGAGAGUUGUUGUAACUACAAAGCACAAUGAUGAUGAGCAGUAUGUGUGGGAGUCGCAGGCUGGAGGGUCUUUCACUGUGACCAGGGAUACCUCUGGGGAGAAUCUUGGACGGGGAACCAAGAUUACCCUUUUCCUCAAGGAUGACCAGCUUGAUUAUCUUGAAGAGCGCCGCUUGAAAGAUCUUGUCAAGAAGCAUUCUGAGUUUAUCAGCUAUCCCAUUUCACUAUGGACUGAGAAGACCACUGAAAAGGAGAUUUCUGAUGAUGAGGAUGAGGAAGAUAAGAAAGAUGCUGAGGAAGGCAAGGUUGAGGACAUUGAUGAAGAGAAGGAAGAUAAGGAAAAAAAGAAAAAGAAGAUCAAGGAGGUUUCAUAUGAGUGGCAACUGGUUAACAAACAGAAGCCUAUCUGGAUGAGGAAACCUGAAGAGAUUACCAAGGAAGAGUAUGCUGCUUUCUAUAAGAGCCUCACCAAUGACUGGGAGGAACAUCUCGCUGUUAAACAUUUCGCUGUUGAGGGUCAGCUUGAGUUCAAAGCUGUUGUCUUUGUCCCUAAAAGAGCACCCUUUGACCUCUUCGACACCCGGAAGAAGCUCAACAACAUCAAGCUUUAUGUUCGCCGGGUCUUCAUCAUGGACAACUGUGAGGAAUUGAUUCCAGAAUACUUGAGUUUUGUGAAGGGUAUUGUUGACUCAGAGGACCUUCCUCUGAACAUCUCGAGAGAAACUCUGCAGCAAAACAAGAUCCUUAAGGUCAUCCGCAAGAAUCUCGUGAAGAAAUGCAUUGAUCUGUUCUUCGAGAUAGCCGAAAACAAGGAAGACUAUAACAAGUUCUACGAGGCCUUCUCAAAGAACCUCAAGCUCGGUAUUCAUGAGGAUUCUCAGAACCGAAACAAGAUUGCCGAAUUGUUGAGGUUCCACUCCACCAAGAGUGGAGACGAGCUAACCAGCCUGAAGGACUACGUAACAAGGAUGAAGGAAGGCCAGAGUGACAUCUACUACAUCACUGGCGAGAGCAAGAAGGCUGUAGAAAACUCUCCAUUCCUGGAGAAGCUGAAGAAGAAGGGCUAUGAAGUACUCUUCAUGGUGGAGGCCAUUGAUGAGUAUGCAGUAGGUCAGUUGAAGGAGUUUGAGGGCAAGAAAUUGAUCUCUGCAACAAAGGAGGGAUUGAAGCUAGAUGAAUCUGAAGACGAGAAGAAGAAGAAGGAAGACCUGAAGCAGAAGUUUGAAGGUCUGUGCAAGGUUAUCAAAGAUGUUCUAGGUGACAAGGUGGAGAAGGUUGUCGUCUCUGACCGUGUGGUCGAUUCCCCCUGCUGCUUGGUCACCGGUGAGUACGGUUGGACUGCUAACAUGGAGAGGAUAAUGAAAGCUCAGGCAUUGAGAGACUCGAGCAUGUCGGGAUACAUGUCGAGCAAGAAGACGAUGGAAAUCAACCCCGAGAACCCAAUAAUGGAGGAGCUUAGAAAGCGAGCUGAUGCAGACAAGAAUGACAAAUCCGUAAAGGACCUUGUGCUCCUGCUGUUCGAAACUGCUCUUCUCACCUCUGGUUUCAGUCUGGAUGAUCCCAACACCUUCGGCAACAGAAUUCACAGGAUGUUGAAGUUGGGUCUCAGCAUUGAUGAAGAGGAAACCGCUGGAGAUGCAGACACUGACAUGCCGCCUCUUGAUGAUGAUGCGGAGGGCAGCAAGAUGGAGGAGGUGGACUAAUUGAGGCAAUUCGAGACUUUUCCAUCUAGUUUUAUUACUAUUAUUAUUAUUUUUUUCUUUAAAUCAGUCUUGCGGUUUGGUUUGUCUGCAACUUGGGACUAUGUCAGAUGGUAGUGCCAUGGUUAUAUUCUGGCGGCUUAGUAUCCUGCUCUAAUGUUUACCUUGAAAUACAUUUUUGUUGGUUAGUUUUGUGUUCUAAAAGUUGAUGCGUCAAAACUGAUUAAUGUUUUCAUUGUUAUGGUUAGUGAUGGAUUAUUUUCAUUA